ACCAUGGACCUCAGAACCGUUUUACAUCUGCACGUAUUAAUUACUGCCAGGCUUCCCAGUUAAAAUGGAUAUUUGACUUCUAUAACAGUCAAUGGCAGUGAAUGUAUUCAUAGACUUCUAUUCAUCCACUUCUAUUUCCUUUGCCGCUUAUCCUCACAAGGGUCGCAGGGAGCCUAUCUCAGCUGUCAACGGGCAGGAUGCCAUUUAGAGUGUCCAAUUAAUGUUGCAUGUUUUUCGGGAUGUGGGUGAAAACCAGUGUUGCCGGAGAAAGUCCACGCAGGCACGGGGAGAACAUGCAAACUCCACACAGGCGGGGCCGGGAUUGAACCCAGGAUCUCAGAACUGGGGCAGACUAUACUAAUUGGUGGUGGCCUUCCCGUUGUCCCGCUUUCAUCACCUUGGAGGCCAUGAGGGAGAAAAAGAGAAGAAAAAAAAGGAGCAAAAAAGUGAAGAGUUAAAAAGUCAGAGGAUCCCCGGUUUGCAAGGUCAUGUGGUGAACCGAGCGCUCAAGUGGGAGGUUGCGAUUCGAGAAGGCCUUUUGCAUCAUCUCUGUCGAGUCCACUCCAAUCCGCAGCCACUCGCUCACUUCCAGUCACCCCUUGAGGUACAAUUCUGCUUUGGAUUAUUGCUUAUUUUGGAUGUCACACAUAACUUUAAAGGACUGACAGCGGGAUCUACAAAAAAAAAAAACGUCUUGGCUCUUUUUUUUUUUUUUUUUUUAAAAGGUGCUUUUUGGCUUUAUCUUUUUUUUUUUUUUAACCUGUGGUGGAUUUUCACACGGAAUAAUGCCUUCAUGCCGGAGCGGAAGAUCCUGGUUUCCAGCUGUGUUUGCGGCCGCCCUGGUGCUCGUUCCUCCCGUUCUUGCCGGAUCCAGCCGGGACCGAAGGCUGGCGGGGUCGUCCUCGUGCUACGGAGGCUUUGACCUCUACUUCGUCUUGGACAAAUCUGGGAGUGUGAUGGACCACUGGACUGAAAUCUACCACUUUGUUGAGCACUUAGCUCAUAAAUUUAUAAGUCCGCAAUUAAGGAUGUCAUUUAUCGUGUUCUCCACUGAAGGCAAGAUUUUGAUGAGCCUGACAGAGGACAGAGAACGCAUUCGCAAAGGUCUGGAGGAGCUGCAGGGGGUUAAUCCAGGAGGAGACACCUUCAUGCACGAGGGCAUCCUCAGGGCCAGUGAGCAGAUAUACCACGGAAACACAGAAGGUUAUCGCACCGCCAGCGUUAUUAUAGCGCUGACAGAUGGAGAGCUGCACGAGGAUUUCUUCUUCUACGCCGAGCGAGAGGCCAACCGUUCCCGGAGCCUGGGGGCCACAGUUUACUGCGUCGGGGUGAAGGACUUCAAUGAGACUCAGCUGGCAAAGAUUGCCGACAGCAAGGACCACGUGUUCCCCGUCAACGACGGAUUUGAGGCUUUGCAAGGCGUCAUUGAUUCUAUCCUGAAAAAGUCUUGCAUCGAGAUUCUGGCAGCCGAACCGUCCAGCAUCUGCGCAGGGGAGUCUUUCCAGGUUGUAGUGAGAGGAAAUGGAUUCCUCCACGCUCGCAAUGUUGAUAAGGUCCUGUGCAGCUUCCGCAUUAACGACACAGUUACUAAAAUGGUGAAACCUUUGAUAGUGGAGGAUACAUACCUUCUCUGCCAGGCACCUGUGCUUCAGGAUGAGGGAAUGGCAGCAAACCUUUAUGUCAGUAUGAACGAAGGUCUCAGUUUCAUCUCCAGUUCAGUCACCAUUACAACUGUGAGCUGCUCGGAUGGGACCAUUUUGGCCAUCACUUUGCUCAUCCUCAUGCUGCUCCUCAUCUUGGCUCUCCUGUGGUGGUUCUGGCCCCUCUGCUGCACUGUGAUCAUCCACGAACCGCCACCACCUACUGCGGAGGAGAGCUCGGAUGAAGAGGAUGAGGAUGCGCCAAAGAAGAAAUGGCCCACAGUAGACGCUUCCUAUUACGGAGGACGGGGAGUUGGGGGAAUCAAGAGGAUGGAGGUUCGCUGGGGUGAGAAAGGCUCCACCGAAGAAGGAGCAAAGCUGGAGAAGGCCAAAAAUGCCAAAGUCAAGAUGCCUGAGCAGGAGUUUGUGCAGUCGCCCACGCGGGUUCUCAACAACGGCAUGCAAAAACCUUUAGGCCCCCACAAGUGGUACUCUCCCAUCCAGAACAAGCUGGAUGCAUUGUGGGCCCUUUUAAAAAAAGGCUACAACCGGGUGUCUGUGAUGAGACCUCAUCCAGGUGACAAGGGCCGCUGCAUGAACUUCAUCCGCGUGAAGCCGGCAACCCCUCGCUACCCCCACUACAACCCGUCGCCCAUCUACACCCCUCCCAGCAGGAGUCCGCCCGCGCCACAGGGUAACCUCCCGCCGACCCCUGGGGGCCCACCGUCGUCCCCGCUGUUCUCGGCUACGCUGCCCCUCCUGCCGCCCCCGGCGACGCCCUCCGACUCAUCCGCCUCCCCUCCGUCCACCCCGCCCUAUUACACCCCGCCCCCCAAACGGGCUCUCCCUCCCACUUCGUUGCACAUACCCGCCGCGCCCGAGCUGCCGCCCACCCCGCCGCCGCCCCUGUCGCCCUCCGCCGCGCUGCCCCCGCUUCCUCAAGGCCCCCCCACGGGACGGGCCCCGCCUCCCGCCCGCCCCCCUCCGCGCCCGGGCCUGUAGCUGACAAAUUGCGAGUCCCAGCGAGAUCGUUCAGCGCAUGGCCAUGUUUGAUUGUCCGGAGGAGAGCAAAGCCCAGCAGGCUGCGGCCUUCCUGCCUUGCGCGGAGGUCGACGAGGAACUGCUUUCCCGCUACUUGUCUACACUGACUUUUGUACACAUUUAGCCCAAUCGAUGCUUGAAUCACUGACAUGAGAGCAUUAAGCGUCCACUCCCGAAGAGAGAGCACGUAGUCUCAAACAAUGAAACCUGCUCCUGUACAGACAUAGUGCACCGAGUUCCGCAAGGACUUCCUUUUUCAUAUCAUUGAAACCUGAGCAGUAUUACACAUCACAGGGCAGUUGCUGCUCAUCCCUGCAGACAUUAGUUGAGAGGUGAGGUACACCCGAGGAGUGGUCGCAGUACAAACAACCACUUAUGCUGAAAUUCACACUCCUGGAAAAUUCGGAGACAGCCGAGCAAUUUAUUUUUCCCUCGACACAGCACAUAGAUCAGAGGUUCUCAAACUUUUUGGAUCCAGGGGUUCAAACACCAAUCAACUAUAACUACCAUGUGCACCCUACAGUAUUUUCUACAUUCAUCCAUCCAUUUUCUUAGCCGCUUAUCCUCACAAGGGUCGCGGUGAGUGCUGGAGCCUAUCCCACCUGUCAACAGCUAGAAGGCAGAGUACACCCGGAACUGGUUGCGAGUCAAUCGCAGGGCACGUGGAGACAUAAAAUCCGUCACAGUCACAAUCACACCUAGGGGCAAUUCGGAGUGUCCAAUUAAUGUUGGGGUUUUUUUGGGAUGUGGGAGGAAACCGGAGUGCCCGGAGAAAACCCACGUAGGCACGAGGAGGACAUGCAAAUUCCACAUAGGAGGGCCCGAGAUUGAACUCGGGACCUCAGAACUGUGAGGCUUUUCCACCGUUUCGCCCUUUUUGGAACAUUUCAAACUUAAUAUUUUUUAUCCAUGUAGUAGAAAGGAACAAAAACAAAUUAAAGUGAAUUAAAUGCAAAUUGAACUCCAUCUAAUAACAAGACCGCUAUGGACAGUCAAGUCAGUCAAUUUAAGCCAUUUCCUCGCUAUUUUUCCAUCCGAGAGGUUGGGGAGGUCACCUUGCCUCCUCGCCUGUACAACUCUACAUGCGAAAAGAGCACGAGAGAGGUAAGAAUUCGACAUGAAUACAGGGAUGUCUCGCCGUGUGACGCAUCACACACAUUUAUUGACGUGCAGGUCGUCAUAUAGAGCUCGUGCACGUGACGUCGCGGUUUUCACGACGCCGUAUUGCCGGUCAAACAGCCGCUCGACAUUGUGGAAGACGUUGUACCAGAGGAGAAUAUUGACAAUACCCGAAAGUUGUUGUGCUGUUGGUUGUCACAAGAGACAAGACAGAUAUUCAAAGAGAUCAUUACAUGAAAUAGCAACUGAAAAGAACAGAAAAUAUCGAUGGAAUUCGGCAAUUAAACAUGAUGGAUGGAGCCCAACCAAAAUACACACACGCCUGUGUAGAGAUCGCUUCAUUUCAUGGCGGAAUUAUUCUUCUCAAUCUCAAAUUACCAAAAAAUAUUUAUAAUGCCAAGUAGGCUCAUUUGAGAACAAUUCGUGUUAAAAAAAAUCGCAGAGGUUUACAGAGGUUAAGUGUGGCCGCACUCGCUUCCGUGUACGUUCUAUGGAGACGACUCCAUCCUCUUUUUCUUUUUUUUUUUUUCAAUCAUAGUUAAUGAAUGGAGUUUGUGUAAAACCAGGGGUCAAUUAUUGAAAUAUUGGUAUUUGUAUUGAAUACUAGCUGAAAAGAUCGAUGUAUUCCAGGAAAGGUUAACAUGUGGCCGAACACGCUUCCACGUUCACAAGCCGUCAAAACCGUCACUAUGUGGGAUUUAUUCCAUCUGAGAACAGAUCCAGCAACAAAGUAUUCGUAUGCGUCCAGACUUUUAUACGCUUUCAAACUUUUUCUUGUAAAUCUCGACGACUUACUCAACAGAUCCAUGCGUAGAUCCAGUUUUCCAAGACAAGCGGAGACGAAUUAACAGGCCAAUUUCUUUUCGGCGAAAACAUCGACUUCGGCAUGAAACACGGCUCCUCUAUGCAGAGUUUAUCUCAUUUUUUCCACGUACCAUCGUUUAUUUUCACCUUCUAAAUGUCCGACGGUAUCGGACAAGACUCUGGGCGUCGUGCUACAAGUUAUAUUUCUAUGUCGUCUCCAACCGACUUGCCUAGCUUGACCGGCAAUAUAGCAACGUAAACAAAAGUCACGUGACUUUAUGACGUAGGUGCACGAGCUCUAUAUACUGUAGGUGUCCACUUUUGGAACUGAUAUGACAUCAUUUAUUGGAAAACCAUUUUGCAGACCCUCAAGUAAAGCCGGGGACCCCAGUUUGAGAACCGCUGCCAUAAAUGACGCCUAUUUGCCUUUCAAUUUGCUCAAGAGUUUUUCAGCAUCCUCAUCGUGUUCCUCACUGUGCUGAAGCAGCAUGAUGCGAGUCACAGCUGGCCCGCGUUUUUGUGCGCUUCGCAGUAAACAGCCGGGGACUUGGACACGACAUUUGACACGUUUAUGGCCGUUGAAGUCCGACCCUGCAAUCGCAAAUCCUCCCUCCUUCAAGAGGUGGAGAAAGAGAGGCCGCAAUCAGAGGCAAGCGCUGAACGCCGCACCCUUAAUACGCCGUCCUCGAAUUUAAGUCAGAAUUUUGAAUCUUCAAUUAACCUCACGUGCACGUUUUUGGAAUGUGGGAGGAAGUCAGAACACCGAGAGAAAACCCACCAGACCAGCAGGGUGCAAGAACGCGGCGAGUCCGCGCAGAAAAGGUGGAGCCGAGAUUCGAGACCAGAACUUUGGACUGCGAGGCCAAUUAAUUAACAACAAAUGACUUGUAAAGUCCUUCAAAACCCGAAUUCCAACCGCACUGCACGAUUGUUAGCGAUUAUUAAAAAUCCCGCAUCUCACAUCGAUUGUGACACAGCCAUAAAUAUGUCCAGCACCACCUGCAUUAUGUACGUACGCAUUUGUAUAAAUAAAAGCUUUCUUUUAUUUAAGCUUUUUUUUUUUUUUUUUACAUUCAGUAAAAAAAUGCCCCACCACCAUUUGGGGCGAUAUAGUGCUUAAUUCAUUACAAUGUCUUUCCGUGUGUUUUUGUAUUUAAAAUUUAUCAUGAUCAGUAAGAUACACCAGUUAUGCGUUAUUACAGUCAUCAUUUAUUUUCUUCUUUUGUAAAAAAGGUGCAAAGCAUCUGUGUACAAUGCUCAGUGUAAAGAUUUUUUCUUUAUUUUCUGUUAUUAUAAUGGUGAGAUUGAUCUCGCCAGAAUGUUCUUGAAGGUUGCCAAUCUGAAUGUCAUAUACAAAUGAAAAAAAAUAUAUGAUACAUUGUGUUUCAUUAACAAAAAAAAAAAAAGUAAACCUUUUAAUAUAAAAUUAAACUUUGCAUUUCUGGAUUUUUGUUAUACAGUAACUUCAUAGCCGUCAUGGUCAUGGUCAAAUUUUUUUGCCCUGCCCUGUAUGAUGUUAUUGUAAUUUCUCGAGUAAAAUUGCGCCCUCAAUAUAAUGCGCACCCCCAAAGUUGACCUAAAAAAAAAACAAACAAACAAACAAAAAAAAAAAAACAGGAAAAGCCUUGUACCAAUGUACAAUGCGCACCACCAAUUUGCCGCUACCCAUAUGCUCAGAAUAUUAGGAAUGAUCUGUAUUUAUAUUUUAUUAGGUUUGUACUUGUAUUGUUUUUCAGAAAACUGUCCGUACAACAAUCAUUAAUAAUAAUCAUUGUGCGUGUGCUGAUGUAGCAGUAAUCUAAUCUCAGGACAGGCCACAUGACACGCUUGUCCUGGUCCCUGCAAUUGUCAGAACAGAAUCCCUCAACCGACUAAAUGUUCAAUGAUGGCAUAACAUUUUAUUAAUACUGUUAACACAGAUUUCAGUCUUAAAAAUAACUCUUUAACAUUGUUUAUUAAACACUGCAUUAAAU